AUGCUUGUUGCGGCUUCUCCGGGAAGUUGCUUCCUAGGUUCUGAGCCCGCAACGGCGGAGAUGAACCCUUUAACUAAAGUGAAGCUGAUUAAUGAGCUGAAUGAGCGUGAGGUCCAACUGGGGGUGGCGGAGAAGGUGUCUUGGCACAACGAGUACAAGGACAGCGCUUGGAUCUUCCUGGGGGGACUUCCUUAUGAACUGACUGAAGGGGACAUCAUUUGUGUGUUCUCACAAUACGGGGAGAUUGUUAACAUUAAUCUGGUACGGGACAAGAAGACUGGGAAAUCCAAAGGAUUCUGUUUCCUCUGCUAUGAAGACCAGAGGAGCACAAUUCUGGCUGUUGACAAUUUUAAUGGGAUCAAGAUCAAAGGAAGAACUAUCCGAGUGGAUCAUGUAUCUAACUAUCGACUUCCUGAGGACUCAGAAGAAAUGGAUGAGGUGACCAGAGAGCUGCAGGAGAGGGGCUGUGGGACUCAUACUCCUCCACCAAGUUCAUCUGAGGGCUCUGAAGAUGACAAACCCACCAAAAAACACAAAAAAGACAAAAAGGAAAAAAAGAAAAAAAAGAAAGACAAAGAGAAGACUGGCCAGGAAGUACAGGCAGAGCAGCCAGCCUCCUCUUCAUUGCCCAGAAGCAAGACGAUAAAGGAAAAGGAUGACCCUGGCUCUAAAAAGCACAGUGGCAAGCACUCAGAGAAGGCAGAGAAGGGUCAGAAGUCGGAGUCCAGGGAGGUGCGGAAGUCCCACCCCAGUUCCCCUGAGGUCAGGACGACCUGCUGUGGUGGAACGGAGGACCGAGAGAGGGAGCCAAGAAAGGAGAAGUCCAAGCACGAGCACAAGUCAUCAAGCAGGAGGGAAGAGAGAGAAGACAGGCACAGGGAGAGAGACAGGGGUCGAAGCUCAGACAUACAUUCCAGACGGCAUGACGGGCGCUCUGAGGGGCAGCAUGACAGGCGCUCUGAGGGGCGUAGUCACAGGAGUAGAAGUAGGAGCCGAGAUAGAUCCCACCGGCACAAAAGGUCCCAGCACUCCCGAGACCGGGAAUCCUCUAAUCCCAGGGAGCGCAGGCAUCACUGAUGCCGCAGCCUGUUCAGCUAUUCAGCACGGUAGAAUUAAAAAUGAACUGUAUUUUUCAAAUACAAUGAAAUUCAGUUAUUCUUUUAAUGUAUUUACAU